GGGCAAAAGGACAGCUGCACAGCGAACAAAACUCCAAGGCAGCCGGGGAGUCCGCUGGCUCAGUCUGGAGAGCCGCUAUUAUUUUUGCAAAUAAAUAGAGGACUGAUUACAAAAGAAAAUAGGAACAAGAGAAUUUUCAUGAAGCCGUCCAUCCAUCGAAAACCACUUGCUAUUGAUGUUUGACAUCAGUUAUUAGAGGGGAAGUAGUUCUUUAGGAUGCUGCGCUUCGAUUGAGAUGAGUGCACCCUUUGCUAUGCACAUUGGUCUGGCUUACAGUCUGCUUCUAUUUCAUUGGAGCUCAACAUGUUGCUUCAGCAAUACAGUUUAAAUGUGCUCCCUCAGCUGCACCUUGCUGACUGUGUGCCAAUUAAUUGAGAGUUGAAAAGCAUUAUUGCUGAUUUCUAUGUGGCAAGACACAAUGAGGAGAAGGAGAUACUUGCUUAAUCGAACUGAUGAUGUACCUGUCAAACAAAAGUCAACCGACUGGCUAUAUGAGUCGUAUUACUGCAUGAGCCAGCAGCAUCCUUUGAUUGUUUUUUUGCUUUUGAUUGUGAUGGGAGCCUGUUUGUCACUACUGGCUGUCUUCUUUGCUUUAGGGCUGGACAUUGAAGACCAUGUGGCUUUCCUAAUAACUGUUACGACAGCCUUGGCUAUAUUCCUCACAAUUUUUAUUCUGGUCUGUGUGGAGUCUGUUUUCAGAAAACUAUUGCAUGUGUUCUCCCUAGUCGUUUGGGCAUGUCUGGUUGCUAUGGGUUACCUGUUCAUGUGCUUUGGUGGAAUAAUUUCUCCUUGGGACCAGGUAUCCUUCUUCUUAUUCAUUAUCUUUGUGGUUUACACCAUGCUACCUUUUCGUAUGCGGGAUGCUGUUGUUGCCAGUGUGCUGACAUCAUCCUCCCAUACUAUAGUGCUCAGCGUCUGUCUAUCAACCACAUCUGUCAUUAAGGACCACUUGGUUUGGCAGAUCAUGGCGAAUGUCAUCAUUUUCAUCUGUGGAAAUCUGGCAGGAGCCUAUCACAAGCAUUUGAUGGAACUUGCCCUGCAGCAGACAUAUCAAGACACAUGCAAUUGCAUUAAGUCACGUAUCAAGCUUGAAUUUGAAAAGCGCCAACAGGAACGUCUAUUAUUGUCGUUGCUUCCUGCACAUAUUGCCAUGGAGAUGAAGGCUGAAAUCAUUCAGCGAUUACAAGGACCAAAAUCUGGUCACUGCCAGCUAGAAAAUACAAAUAACUUUCACAAUUUGUAUGUGAAGAGGCACACAAAUGUGAGCAUUUUGUACGCUGACAUUGUGGGGUUUACACGCCUGGCGAGUGAAUGUUCACCUGGAGAGCUUGUGCACACACUCAAUGAGUUAUUUGGCAAAUUUGAUCAAAUUGCAAAGGAAAAUGAUUGUAUGAGGAUCAAGAUUUUAGGGGACUGCUACUACUGUGUUUCUGGUUUACCAAUAUCUCUACCCAACCAUGCCAAAAACUGUGUUAAAAUGGGGUUGGACAUGUGUGAAGCCAUCAAGAAGGUAAGGGAUGCCACAGGAGUUGAUAUUAACAUGCGUGUAGGAGUACAUUCUGGGAACGUUCUUUGUGGAGUCAUUGGAUUACAGAAAUGGCAGUAUGAUGUCUGGUCACAUGAUGUUACUCUUGCAAAUCACAUGGAAGCUGGAGGUGUUCCAGGCCGUGUUCAUAUCACUUCUGUCACACUGGAGCAUUUAAAUGGAGCUUAUAAAGUGGAGGAUGGUAAUGGCCAUAUCAGAGACCCCUAUCUAAAGGAGCACAACAUCAGGACAUACUUAGUAAUUAACCCAAAGGUGGAGAGACGUAGCCCCCAACAACAUUUCAGACAUAGACAUACUGCAGAUGGAGCCAAAAUGAGAGCUUCUGUUCGUAUGACCAGAUACCUGGAGUCCUGGGGAGCAGCCAAACCCUUCGCACAUUUACACCAUCGAGACAGUAUGACAACUGAAAAUGGAAAAAUCAACACAGUUGAUGUACCCAUGGUUCAGUACCAUUUCCAUCGACGCACAGAAAGAACAAAGUCACAGAAAAGGAGAUUCGAGGAGGAACUAAAUGAGAGAAUGAUUAGAGCUAUUGAUGGAAUUAAUUCACAAAAACAGUGGCUAAAAUCUGAUGACAUUAAAAGAAUUUCCCUUUUCUUUCACAAUCAAGAAUUAGAGAAAGAGUAUCGAGCAACUGCACUUCCAGCCUUCAAGUACUAUGUUACCUGUGCUUGCCUCAUAUUUUGCUGUAUCUUCAUUGUUCAGAUUCUGGUGUUGCCAAAAAAUUCUAUUCUUGGGAUUUCAUUUGGAACUGCUUUCAUUACACUUGUCUUCAUUCUCUUCACCUGUUUUGCAGGACAGCUUGUGCAAUGUAGCAAGAAGGCUUCAGCAUCCUUGGUGUGGAUUUUAAAAUCUUCUGAGAUAAUUGCGAAUAGACCUUUGCCACGGCUUACACUCACAAUGACAACCACCACAGUUAUAUUAGUUAUGGCCAUAUUUAACAUGUUCUUCCUGAAGAAUUCAGUGGUACCUUCUAUCAAUAGUACGAAUACAAGUUAUCACUUUACAAAUGGGAAGGCUUUGUGGUUUGUGCAUAAUGAUUAUUUCUUCUUGCCAUAUUUUCUAUACAGCUGUAUUUUGGGAUUGAUGUCAUGUUCUGUGUUCCUGCGUGUCAACUAUGAGCUGAAGAUGGUGAUGAUGCUGAUUGCUGUGAUAGUUUAUAAUGUAAUUCUUCUGCAAACCCAUUCCUCGCUCUUUGAUGAUUAUAGCAAAAUGCUGUACGCAACUGUCAAGAUGGAGAGACCCGGUGUGCUAAAAGAUCUGAAGACAAUGGGUGUAAUUUCUCUUUUUAUCUUCUUCAUCACACUUCUUGUCUUGGCCAGACAGAAUGAAUAUUACUGUAGGUUAGAUUUCCUGUGGAAGAAUAAAUUCAAAAGAGAAUGCGAGGAGAUAGAAACUAUGGAAAACCUCAAUAGAGUAUUGCUGGAAAAUGUGCUUCCUGCUCACGUGGCUGAACAUUUCUUGGCUCAAAACUGGAAAAAUGAAGAUCUUUACCAUCAAUCAUACGACUGUGUCUGUGUCAUGUUUGCAUCCAUCCCAGAUUUCAAAGAAUUCUAUACCGAGUCAGAUGUAAAUAAAGAAGGCUUAGAAUGUCUACGUUUGCUGAAUGAAAUUAUUGCUGACUUUGAUGAUCUAUUGUCCAAACCUAAAUUUAGUGGGGUAGAAAAGAUCAAAACUAUCGGGAGCACGUAUAUGGCAGCAACCGGGUUAAGUGCUGCCACAGUUCAAGAGUUCAGCCAGGAAGCAGACAGACAGUACACACACAUUGGAACCAUGUUGGAAUUUGCAUUCGCACUUAUGAUAAAACUUGAUGUGAUCAACAAGCAUUCUUUCAAUGACUUUAAGCUGCGUAUUGGUAUUAACCACGGUCCUGUUAUUGCUGGAGUAAUUGGAGCUCAGAAACCACAGUAUGACAUCUGGGGUAAUAGUGUUAAUGUGGCAAGCCGAAUGGACAGCACAGGAGUUCUUGGCAAAAUACAGAUAACAGAAGAAACCAGUAACAUCUUACAAACACUUGGCUACAACUGUACAUGCAGAGGAAUAAUAAAUGUCAAAGGGAAAGGAGAGCUGAAAACAUACUUUGUUAAUACAGAAAUGACACGAUCGUUAUCACAAGGAAAUCUGAUGACCUGAUGAACAGAAGAUCCAACAUCAAAGAUUACACAUUCAGCAGCAAAGUGUGAUAUGCCUCUGAAAGAGUAUUCUAAAUACAUAACUUGUACAUAGUUUGAUUCCAUCCUUAGCUGCACAUACAUUGCCUAUGUUUUGGAUAUGUAGAGCUACUUGCAUCUAAACUCUUAGGCUUAGCAACUCUCACAUGAGCUGUGGAUGCUCUAUUUGCUACAAUUGAGCAAACUACAACAAUCACGAGGACCAGUUUUUACAAAUGUGUUACACAUUUAAAGUCACAUUGUUUUGUAAUAACU